UAUUUCUAGCAAGCCAAUCCAAAAAAAGAAUGGGUUUGCAUGACUGUCCGGAACAUUUCAAUGGACAAAUGCAGAAUUUCGCAGAGAAGACAUUUUGUGAAUUACCUGUGCCUCAAUACAAAUGUCCCUGCCCACAAAAUUUCACAUUAGCGGAGGGUUCGAAAUGAUUCGCAAAAUUGUUCUCCCUCGAUAGUUUUUCCCACUAAUUUUCUCCCCACUAUCUGUUGUAUUUUAGAUUUUGUCUGCCCUCUAUGCCCCCCUGUGUGUAGGUACCUUGCUCCAGGUCGGAUGUGUUCAGCAGUAAGGCAGUGACUAUGAUGGAGAAGAGGAAAAUGAUGAAAUUCCUGACAUUCUGUGCCGACUUCCAGAAACAUCCCGCAGGAAUACCAAGACUCUGAGUCUCGGUCGUUUGAAGAUUACCUGAAUACGAAGGAGCUCACCCCAAAUCUGGUCAAUUUCAUCCGUCACUCCAUUGCCAUGGUACCUGACUCAGCCACCACUCUAGAGGGACUGCAGGCAACACAAGUGUUUAUCAAUUCCCUUGGUCGCUAUGGAAAUGCUCCGUUUCUCUUCCCCAUAUUUGGAGGUGGAGAACUACCCCAGGCCUUUUGCAGGUUGAGUGCGGUGUAUGGAGGUGUGUACUGCCUCCAGCGUCACGUGAGCUCCAUCGUUACCUCAUCUGGCGACAACACUGUCUCCUCUGUUGUCUGCUCCUCGGGACAGAAAAUCAAAUGCUCGUCAGCUGUCCUGUCCUCUGCUUUCUUCUCACAAAUGACGGGUUUCAAAGACAGCAUCAAAACAACGAGAGUCUCCAGAGGGAUAUUUGUCACUGACUCACCACUGCCUGGCACAAAUGGCAAGCUGUCUCUCCUCACCCUCCCGCCCGGGUCCCUGGACUCCGCCCACUCCACCGCCGUCAUCAGAGUCCUCCAGCUGGACCCUCCCUCCAACAACUGCCCUCCUGGAACAUUUCUGGUGCACAUGCAGUGCAGUGGUAGUGAGGCGACGGCUGAGCAGGACCUCCAGCCAGCAGUCAGGGCCCUCUUCACUGACCCCCUCGACACAGACUCGUCGGGCUCCAGACCACGCCUCCUCUGGUCUCUCUAUUACAACGUAGACCUACACUGUGUUGACCACACCCACCAAUCGGGACCACACGGGCUCUAUCUGACCUCUGAACCCGACACCUCCAUCGGAUACGAAAAAGCUGCUAAUGAGGUAGCACCACAUGUCUAUAAACCUUUCUCAUGA